AUGGUUCCUGACAUAUCUAAAAUGGAUAAAGCUUUCCUCUUAGGAGACGCCAUUUCGUAUAUCAACAGCUUAAAGCUAAAGAUGGAGAUUGAUGUGAAGAUCAUAGGGUGGGAUGCGAUGAUACAGAUCCAAUGCGGUAAGAGGAAUCAUCCUGGUGCUAAGUUUAUGGAAGCACUCAAGGAGUUGGAUUUGGAAGUGAACCAUGUGAGUUUACCAAUUGUGAAUGAUUUAAUGAUCCAACAAGCGACUGUGAAAAUGGAGAGUCAGUUUUUCACGCAGGAUCAGCUCAAGGCUGUUUUAAUGGAGAGAGUUGGAGAAUGCACUUGA